AUGGAGGAGGUGUUUAACCAAAGCGGAGCUCCGAACCGAAGUUCUGCGGGUGAUGACAAGUUCACUUUUGAGGACAUCGACGUGAGCGCGGACGGCUCUCCCAUCCUGAGGAUAUUCAUCUCGGUGGUGUACUCUGUAGUUUGCGCGGUGGGUUUAGUGGGAAACCUGCUCGUUUUCUUCCUCAUGAGGCUGAGACAAGGUCGCAAAAGGUCCACCAUCAAUGUUUUCAUCAUCAACCUGGCCGUGACGGAUUUCCAGUUCGUGCUCACGCUGCCCUUCUGGGCCGUGGACACCGCGCUGGACUUCAGCUGGCCGUUUGGAGACGCCAUGUGUAAGAUCAUCCUGUCGGUCACCGUCAUGAACAUGUACGCCAGCGUCUUCUUCCUCACCGCCAUGAGCGUGACCCGCUACCUGUCUGUGGCAACCGCGCUGAAAAAGAGGUCUUACAGGAGGUCUCGGUGCGUAAAGUGGGUGUGCGCGGUGCUGUGGCUGGCUGCCACCGCGGCCACGGCUCCCACUGCCAUCUUCUCCACCGUGACUGUGGUGGCCGGGGAAAAACUGUGCCUCCUCAAGUUUCCAGAGGGACACGACUGGCUCGCCCUUUACCACAUCCAGAAAAUAUUAAUAGCCUUCGUGGUGCCCAUGUUCAUAGUGACUGUGAACUACCUGAUGCUGCUGCGCUUUGUGCGCAGGAAGAGCAUGGGCAGCAGCAACCCCAAGCGGAGGUCCAGAGUCACCAAGUCCGUCGCCAUUGUCGUUCUGUCCUUCUUCUUCUGCUGGAUGCCGAACCACGCCAUCACCUUCUGGGGGGUUUUGGUGAAGUUUAACGCAGCCAACUGGGACACGUCCUACUACACGGUGCACACCUACGUGUUUCCGGUCACCGUGUGCUUGGCGCACACCAACAGCUGCCUGAACCCGGUUCUUUACUGCCUGAUGAGGCCGGAGAUCAGGAAGAUGCUGAGCAGCUUGUUCUGGAGAGUCUCCACUCCUCCCCAGAGCAAAGGCUGCACCACGCGCUCCGUUACGCACGGAGCAGAGGUCCAGGGGGUCGUGCCUCUGCAGAUUCUGGACAACGCGGAGUACACGCUGUCCAUCAUAGACCGGAAAGGUUCGUCGAGCUCCAAGGUAAUCUCGUACACGCACUGA